ACCUUAGGGCAGAGCGUAGGGUCACGUGACGUUGCGUCAUCCAGGAAGUCAAACAACUGAGCGGGCUGGCAGACUGGCGACUGUCCACGGCUCAAACCCAAAUGGCGUGGGCCUCCGGCUGAGACGAACUCCCUAAAAAAAUUGAAAUGAUAACUAUUUUGCCCCUGCUGCUUUUGUGCGUUUGCGCGCCGGCCCGCUGCGUGUUCCAGAAGUUAUACUGCACCAUCGCCGACAGUUGCGACUGCGACUUUCGACCCAACGUCAGAGAAUUGGAGUGGGAUCUGUACAAGAAUGUCUUUGGGCAGCAUCUGGCCCAGGAGGUGCUCUCUGAGGAGGUGGCCCGCUUCCUGGCCCAGGAGGCGCCCGAGAAGCCGCUGGUGCUCUCCCUGCACGGCUCGUCGGGCACGGGCAAGACGAUGGCGGGCGACAUGCUGGCGCGCCACCUCUACGCCUCGGCCACGGGCAGCCCCUUUGUCCACCAGUUCAUCCCCACGCUGCACUUCCCCGCCGGAGGACACGUGCAGGCGCAGCGGGAGCAGCUGAAGUCUUGGGUGCAGGGCAACGUGACCGAGUGCGCCCGCUCCGUCUUCAUCUUCGACGAGAUGGACAAAAUGGCGCCCGGGCUGCUGGACGUUCUGGAACCCUUCCUGGGCCCCUCCCACGUGGUCUUCCGCACCAACUACCGCAAGGCCAUCUACAUCUUCAUCAGCACGGCGGGUGAGGAGGUGAUCAACAAAGCGGCCCUGGAGCAACGUGAGGCCGGGCGGGACCGAGAGGAAAUGACGGCGGCCGAGCUGCAGGACGCCAUCGCUCGGGCCGUCUACGACAACCCGACCACUGACGUUUUGUCCCGCCCCAGGUGGCCUCUACAACUCGCCCAUCAUCCGUCAGAAGCUUGUGACCGCCUUUGUGCCCUUCUUGCCGCUGUGCCGCCACCACGUGGAGCGAUGCGCGCAGGCGCAGCUGUGCCAGCGCGGCGCCUGUGGGCGCCGCGACGUAGCACGCGCGGCGGCGGCCGACAUGACCUACCAGCCGUCGCCGGGACACUACUUUUCCACCAGCGGCUGCAAAAGCGUGCCCGCCAAGAUCAACCUGCUGUUGUGACGGCCGAGCGGGUGCGGCAGAGGUUUGGAGCCCCCCGAUCCUCCUGGUGACUCCCUUUUUAUUCAGUGAUAGAUCUUUUUUUUUUUAACACAACAUCAAACCUCACCAACAACGACUGAAAGGGAAAAGAAGACAUUUGUAGUUCCAUUUGUGAGAAAUUGCAUCAGAACCCAGGAAGGCCAAGAUGUUUCCACGUUCAACGGAAGGAUCUUUUUAAAAAGAAAUAGAGGAUAUUUUUCAACAUUUUUUUGUGUGUGUGGGGGGGGGGGGGGUCCAAUGCAUACGUUUGUUUCUGUCACCAGGCGGCGCUAAGGAGCGCCUGUGGAGCAAAUGGUUCAAUUAUUCUGAACAUGCAGUAUUGUGUUGAUAAUUUAUUUCCACAUGUGGACACUUCAUGGAAUGACCGCCAAUGCAAAAAAAACACAAAAAAACGGCGCAUUUGCAAAGACAAUAUUCAAGUACUGUAUCACGCUGUUUGCUGUUCCUAAUCUUUUGGCCACCUAAUAUGAGGACGAGAGAUUUUGGAGCAGGUAAAAAAAAAAAAA